CCUGUGCUUUUACCUCUUGUCGCAGUGCGAGACAAGAAUCACCUAAUGACAUGGAUUUAGACACAUUUCUUACUGCCAGGUGUUACUGUGACCCUGAUUGCAAGAAAUUCCAAGACUGCUGCUAUGAUAUAUCUAACACAUCUUACUACGCUUACGAUCAAACCUCACUUCAUUGGAGCUGUUCACAUAUACCUUCGCAGGCAAAGGAUGUAUAUAUGAUAAAUUCAUGCCCACAUCAUCAUACGCAGAUCUCAAAUUUAUGUUCAGGAACUGCAGAACUAUAUGAUUACAAACUAGAUAUUCCAUUUCUAAGCCACCACACAGGUUUGUGGUACCGAAAUUUCUUCUGUGCUUUGUGUCACGAAGAGCAGGACAACUUGGUGCCAGUGACACUUCACUUUGAAUGUACCAGAAAUCUGACAUCAAACCAGGUGCUACAGAAUGGUACCUACCAACCACGUGCUUUGUCGUGGACUCUUGGCCAAGAUGAGUGUAAACUGAAAGUUGGGGCAGACUAUUCAAACACAUCACUGGAUAAUGUAGUCAUGCGAAGAUGUUUGCCUCAUGUAAGCACUUGUGCCCUUGACUGGACAAAUGAAACAGUGGAAAACCUUUGCUACUCCUAUACACACUUUGUUUAUGGAAGAGUAAAUGGAGAAAAAAAGCUUCCAUUUCUGCAUCUGAGUCCAACCCCAUGGAAGAAAGUUGCACUGAUGGUGAUGGAACAGGCGGUGCCAGCUGCGAUGGAGGCAGCUGUGUCAGCGCGAAACCCAGGGUGUCCCUCCGUGGUCCCCGACAGCUGA